AUCCGGUUUCUUAUUUUCUGGUUUCCUCCUUUUUCUUGGUACAUCACAUAAAAGUAAAAAACCUAAGGAAGAGAGGCAAGGCAAAGGGAGGGAUUUAGAGAGAGAGAGAGGGGCGUAUGGAACUUUUUUGACUCGUCUCUCUCUUCCUCUUCUAUUGGUUCUUACUAAUCAGAGAAAGGAGAUCUCGACGGAUUCUUGAUUUCAAGAUAGUGAAAAAUGGUUGGAUCAGAUGAGAAUCAUCCGGGUGUGAUCAGGCCCCUACAUAGCCAAGGGGUAUUACAUGCCGGAAUGGGGCAUAACCGGAGAGUGUUGGGUACGAUUAACCAGAACACGAUGAGAGCUGCUCCACACCCCUGUCCAGUUAACAAGAAAGGCCCCUUGGCUGAAAACUAUGGACUCUUUAAUAGGAUUGCUCCUCCUGUUCCAACAAAUCGACCAAUUACUAGAAAAUUUGCUGCACAAAUCACUGGUAAACAGCAGCAACCAUUGCCUGAGGAAACAAAGAAGCUGGCCCCACCAGUACAAGUUCCUAUUGAAUCGGAAGAUGUUUCCAUCAUAGAUGUGGAUGAAUACAAGGCAGCAAGUGACUCUCCUGUACCAAUGUUUGUGCAGCACACGGAGGCAAUGCUAAACGAAAUUGACCGGAUGGACGAGGAUGAAAUGGAAGAUAUACCUGAAAAGCCAGUUUCGGACAUAGACAGUGCUGACAAGAAAAACCCACUUGCAGUUGUUGAAUACAUUGAUGAUCUAUAUGCUUACUAUAAGAGAGUAGAGAGUUCUAGCUGUGUCUCACCAAACUAUAUGGCACAGCAGUCUGACCUUAACGAAAAGAUGAGAGGCAUUCUAAUUGAUUGGCUGAUUGAGGUGCACUACAAGUUCGAAUUGAUGGAUGAGACUUUGUACCUGACUGUCAAUCUUAUUGAUAGAUUCUUAGCAGUCCAACCAGUGGUGAGGAAGAAACUCCAGCUUGUUGGGGUGACAGCAAUGCUUCUUUCUUGCAAGUAUGAGGAAGUUUCAGUUCCAGUUGUAGAGGACCUUAUUCUGAUUUCUGACAAGACUUACAGUAGAAUAGAAGUGCUUCAGAUGGAGAAGUUAAUGGUCAACACAUUGCAGUUUAAUCUAUCAGUUCCCACUCCAUACGUGUUUAUGAGGAGGUUCCUCAAAGCUGCUCAAACUGACAAGAAGCUGGAGCUUCUAUCUUUCUUCAUAAUUGAGCUGUGUCUCGUAGAGUACGAAAUGCUGGAGUUCAGACCUUCUCUAUUAGCUGCUGCAGCAGUAUUCACUGCUCAGUGUAGUCUUGGUGGGUCGAAGCAAUGGAGUCAAACCAAUGAGAGGCACACAAACUACUCCAAAGAUCAACUUCUAGAAUGCUCAAGGAGGAUGGUUACAUUCCAUCAGAAAGCGGGCAUUGGGAAACUCACGGGUGUCCACCGAAAAUAUAGCUCAUCUAAAUUUGGUUAUGCUGCAAGAUCAGAACCUGCUAACUUCCUGUUAGAGGAUAUAAUUUAGCAAGGCUGAAUGUAUUAACAGAAGCUAUUAAGAACUCAAUGACUUAACUGCUGUAGCUUAUUUUAAGUCAUUUUGGGGGUGGGUGCAAUUGUGCAACAUAAGUUGCCCCUGGUUUUUAGUCCCUUUUUGAAGGUUUAUGGAUUUUGUGUUGAAUGAUGUUCAGAGUUUUGGAUUCAGCUUGAUGUUCUUCCUGAACAUCAUAGGAUGAGCUUUUCUCUGUUUGUGUUGAUUUUCCAUCAUCAGAUAAUUUGUAAGUUGCAUGUGAUUAGAACUUAUGCCGAACCUUGUCAUUCUUUGUUUUUCUUUUUUAAUCAUAAACCUUGUCAUUCUAA